AUGUGUCAGACAGAGUUGGGUGGAGAUUUGGAGGCAAGAUCUUCAGAAACUAUCCUUCAGGUUUUGAAGGAAACAAGCAGAAAUGGAAAGGAGCCCCAUGCAGCCUUUGGCCUUUCUAUUUAUGCUCCAAUGUCUCUUAUUGUCCACAAUGGCACACCAGUUUUGAAGGAAACAAGCAGAAAUGGAAAGGAGCCCCAUGCAGCCUUUGGCCUUUCUAUUUAUGCUCCAAUGUCUCUUAUUGUCCACAAUGGCACACCAGUCGACUUGCACCAGCUAUCGACAGCAGUAACAACAACCAUCUGA